CUUGAGGACACAUUUGACAGUUGUUUUUCCUGUGCCAAGUGGUGUAACCGCAGCUUUAGGGCAAGCAGCGGAGCGCAAGCAUUUUCACGGAGUUCCGGUGGCCAAGAGGAAUGACAUUCACACAGUUUGGAUUCUUCUGUGUCUUUGCAAUCAUUUCCAGAGCAUUUGGACACGGAGCUCUGACCAAGCCUAUGCCACGGUUGGUGUCAGGCCAAGAGUACUGCCCAUGGUGUGUGGGCGAGCAUCAGCCGGUAACUAACCCAUCUGGGUCAGUGCAUCGUGAUGCAGAGCCUUCAACUCCAUGCUUGGGCUCGCAACCAGGUGAUGCUCCAUACACUUCAACCCGCUACAGCAGCUAUUCUUCACAUGCAGCUGCUGCAGAAGCCACAUACACAGCUGGUGGAGCAAUGCAGACAAGAAUUGUGCUGGAUGCAGACCACAAUGGAGAUGCUAUCUUCCAGUAUUGUCCCCACUCGGAAGCACAAACAGAGAAGUGCUUCCGAGACAGACCUUUGUCUGACUGGGAAGAUGUCCAUUCAUAUUGGGAUGCAACGAACACGGAUGACCACUGGAAAUCUGGCCAGACUUUUCCGCAAACAGUUGACCUGCCAGCAGACAUGCCUUCUGGCCCUGUGUCCAUCCGAUGGUUGUGGGUAUGCAAAUACACCGAUGAGAUAUUUGUCUCUUGCUUGGACACAGAAAUUGUUGGAGGGAGUUCAACCACCGCGGCACCGACCACGGCUACAGUUACAACGACAGGGCCUCCAAGCACUGAGUGCAUUUGGACAGAGCCACCUGUGGAACUGCAGCGAAGCCCACGGGAGGAGAAGGAGGGCAGAGUGUGUUGGGACUACACCGUUCCUGUUGGCACAAAGGUUUACUACAAGUCCAAGACCGACAUCUACAUAAAUUGGAAUUCGGAAGCUUGUUGUCUUAGUGCUGCUGAUACGUACGGCUCAGACGCACGCUCAAGUGACACCAAUAUUGUGGUCUUUACGCCGACCGGUAAUUUUGGCUUUUGUGAAUGCACUGCUUGGGAUCCGAGCAAUCCGGGAAGCUGUGCUGGAGAGGCAACUGCCACCAAUAUGAUUUGUCCAGUACAGGGUGCUCAGAAGGAGAUGUGUGAGGGAGCAGCAUAUUGGGAUGGGCUGCCAGUCAACUGUGGGGGGUCGUCCACAGGGUCCACAACUUCGACCACGUCUCAGAGUGGGUCCGUCACCACAACUCUUUCCGGUGCAGGCUGCUGCUAUUGGGAUGCCAACCGUGGCUGCGAAGGGAAUGACUUUUGCGAUCAAUCAAAGUCAAACUGCGAAGAUACGUGCCAAGGUACGUGGAAACCAGAGUCAGCAACGACGACAAGCACCACAGAUACGCUAUCAACCACUGUGACCACUACCACAACCACAGUGACUACAACACCUGGAGUGACCACAGCUUCCACAACAUACUCCUCGAGCGGCUUUGAACCUGUUGAUGGAGGUGUUGACAGGGUGUGCCGCGGAGCAUCUCCAACAGAUAAUCAUCCGGACUACUUCAUUGUCAAAAGCGUCACUUCCCUUGAUGAAUGCAAGCAGCGCUGCGUAGCUACCAACGGCUGCGUUGGUAUCGAGCACAUCAACACAAGAUGUGAAAUUUGGACUCGGCCGGAGGGGAUCGGUGCGAGCUCAUCAGGAGUUGGCUACACUUGUCUCCGCUACCUCGGAGGCAGCACGACCACUCCAAAUCCAAGUCAUUCCUGUGGACAGCUUCAUGACCGGUGUGGCGGUCAAGACUAUCUUGGGAGCACUUGCUGUGUCUCUGGCCUGAAAUGUGAAUACAAGGACAUCUCAUUCUCGCAGUGCAUCCUGGAUGAGUCAAACUCUGCUUCAUGUGGGCAGAUCUGGCAGCAGUGUGGUGGAAAAGGGUGGUCUGGCUUCAACUGCUGCGUGGAAGGCCUCACAUGUGUUUGGGGCAAUGACUACUACUCACAGUGCUUGACACUUGUCUUACAUGCACUUCGCAGCGAACGCCAGGAUCACUGCUCGAGGAGGCAAAACCAAAACGAUCUCGGCUUCGCAAGUCAAGGCAGACUGUCCUCGAGUCCAGACCAUCCUUUGUACAGCGUUCGAGCAAGAUCACAACGGUAUCCUUGGAGCUGUGAUCAAGUGGAGAUGAACACUUGAAAUUCGUCGCCGGGCUGAAGCAUCCGAGUCACAGCACUCAUCUACUGCUAAGCUCUUUUUCUUUUCCUAUAUUUCCCUUGCUACAGAUUCAGUUUUGUGCAGAUUUUUCUGAAAAAUCCACGAAGCGAGAGUAAAAUCGCUUGGACAUCCGUGGACUGUUCAGGCAUCUCUGCAAUUGUAUAGUGAUUUAAUUCAGAGUGCGGACGGCAGACGUCCGCACUUUAGAAUGGGCUUCUAUGCCCAUUUCAGUCUGUGCCUUGACUUGACGUGCCAGGAGCCAAUCCAUUCCUGCCACGGUCUUUGCUUGAGCUUCGAAAGUACGAAAA